AGGACAUUGUGGACAACAAUCUAAUGGCCGUUGGUUUCAACAAAGCUUGCCUGAAGAAUGUUUUCACAGUCAUCCUUGUCCUCAUUUAUUUGCUGCUCACUACGGUGGCUGUGUUCUUGGCCUACCAAACCAUUUCGGACUUUAUGGAGAAGCUCAACCAUCCAGUCAUGUCCGUUUCAUACAAAGAGGUUGAGGAGUUUGCUGCACCAGGAAUAGCUUUGUAUCCUGGGAAGGCGCAGUUAUUAAGUUGCAAGCAUCAUUAUCACGACAACAUUCCACCUCUUGUUGCAUUGGACAUACUAGAGGAAAGAAACUGUAUAAAAGAGGAGGUUAUUUACCACGGGCCAUAUUCAAACCAGACACAAAAGCGAGCCAUAGUGGUCAGAGGGCCGACUGAUGUGAGGAACCGAGAACUUCUAUUCCUCCAGUUCAGUCGGAAUGAAACGGAAGAGGAUUUCAGCGCAAUCAGUUACAUGAUUUUUGCCAAAUUUAGUGACAUGCUUGAAAGCUCAGAUAAAGCGGCUUUUAUGAUGGACUGUGAAAGGAAUUACUCAAUGUGGACCUUCUCUGGAGGCUUUCGGACAUGGGUCAAAAUGUCUUUGGUCAAGACGUCAGGCAGAGGAGAUGAAUCAGUUGAAUUUAGACAGGAGGUAAUAUAUUAUUUAUAG